UGCCGAGCGGGAGCCAUGGCGGCCUCUGAGGCGGCGGCGGCGGCCGGGCCCGCGGCUCUGGCCUCGGGCGCCCCGGCCGGCCCGACGGCCGCAAGGGGAGCCGCCGCCGCCUCGGGCCCAUGGGGACCCCCCGGGCGGCUGAGGGGCAGCCGGCCGCGACCCGCGGGGGCGAGGCAACAGUCCGCCGGUCCGGCGCCGCCGGCGCGGGAGCUCAUCCAGCCGUCGGUGAGCGAGCUGUCCCGGGCCGUGCGGACCAACAUCUUGUGCACGGUGCGCGGCUGCGGUAAGAUCCUGCCCAACAGCCCCGCACUCAACAUGCACCUGGUCAAGAGCCACCGCCUGCAGGAUGGCAUAGUGAAUCCAACAAUAAGAAAAGAUUUGAAAACUGUACCGAAAUUCUACUGUUGUCCAAUUGAAGGAUGCCCUAGAGGCCCUGACAGACCGUUUUCUCAAUUUUCUCUUGUAAAACAGCACUUUAUGAAAAUGCAUGCUGAAAAGAAGCAUAAAUGUAGUAAGUGCAGCAAUUCUUAUGGCACUGAAUGGGACUUGAAAAGACACGCAGAGGAUUGUGGCAAGACCUUCCAGUGCACGUGCGGCUGUCCCUAUGCCAGCAGAACUGCACUGCAGUCCCACAUCUACCGAACUGGCCACGAGAUCCCUGCAGAACACAGGGAUCCACCUAGUAAAAAAAGGAAAAUGGAAAACUGCCUGCACAACCAGAAGCUGUCCAGUAAGACUGUUGAAUCACUGCGUAACCAACCAACCCCUAGACCAGACACUCAAGAACUAGAAACCUCAGAAAUAAAGCUGGCGGCUUCUUUCGAAGACUCUUGCAGCUCUAAUGCCAGAAAGCAGACUCUGACAACACCUCCAAGGUAUCCUCAGAAGUUGCUUUUACCAAAGCCCAAAGUGGCCUUGGUAAAACUCCCCAUUAUGCAGUUUUCUCCUGUGCCUGUCUUUGUGCCUACGGCAGACUCCUCAGCCCAGCCUGUGGUGUUGGGCGUCGAUCAGCAGGGCGCUGCCCCCAGUGCUGUGCACUUACUGCCCUUGUCCAUAGGGACCCUGAUCCUCGGCCUAGAUUCAGAGGCCUGCUCUCUCAAGGAGAGCCUCCCUCUUUCAAAAAUUGUAAAUCCUGUUGCUGUUGAGCCAGUUAGCACAGGUGUUCAAGUGAACUUGGGUAAAAGUCCAUCGAACCCUUUACAAGAACUAGGGAGCACCUGUCAAAAGAACAGCAUCUCUUCAAUCAAUGUACAGACAGAUCUGUCUUACACCACACAACCCUUUAUACCUUCUCCGCAGUGGGCUAGCCCUGAUUCCUCUGUAUCGUCUUGUUCUCAAACUGAUUUGACAUUUGGCUCUCAAGUUUCCCUUCCCAUUAGUGUUCAUACGCAGACUUUUUUGCCCAGUUCUAAGGUGACCUCAUCUAUAGCUGCUCAGACUGAUGGGUUUAUAGAGGCCUGUUUCCAGCCGGGUGGGAUCUCCAGAGAAACUCAAACCAGUGGAAUGCAAAGCCCGGCAGAUGCUCGAGAACAGAUGGACCAAGCUGUAAUGUGUGGAGACAUUUUUGAGAGUGUCCAUUCAUCAUAUGGUGUUUCUGCAGACAAUAUUAUAAGCAGCAGCCUAGUAGCAGAGACUGUAACUCAUGGUUUGUUACCUCAGAACCACCCCAAAACUUUGAGUCAAGAUAUUGAGAAAUCUGCACCAAUUAUAAACUUUAGCACACAGAAUAGUUUGCUUCCUUCACAGAACAUGACAGAUAAUCAGACCCAAACCAUAGAUUUACUAAGCGACCUAGAAAACAUCCUGUCAAGUAAUCUGCCUGCCCAGACAUUGGACAAUCGUGGUCUUUUGUCUGACGCAAAUACUGGACCUGACACCCAGCUCCCGUCUGGCCCAGCCCAGAAUCCCGCAAUUGAUUUUGAUAUCGAAGAGUUCUUUUCAGCUUCAAAUAUCCAGACCCAAACUGAAGAGAGUGAGCUUAGCACCAUGACCACUGAGCCAGUCUUGGAGUCGCUGGACAUAGAGACCCAAACUGACUUCUUGCUGGCAGACACCUCUGCCCAGUCCUACACUUGUCGGGGAAACUCUAACUUCUUAGGCCUUGAAAUGUUUGACACGCAGACACAGACGGACUUGAACUUCUUUUUAGACAGUAGCCCUCAUCUGCCUCUGGGAAGUAUUCUGAAACACUCCAGCUUCUCCAUGAGUACCGAUUCGUCUGACACAGAGACCCAGACUGAAGGAAUCUCUGCUGCUAAAAACAUCCCUGCUCUGGAAAGCAAAGUGCAGUUGAACAGCGCAGAAACACAAACCAUGAAUUCUGGCUUUGAGACUUUGGGGAGCUUAUUCUUCACCAGCAAUGAAACGCAGACAGCAAUGGAUGACUUUCUUCUGGCCGAUUUGGCCUGGAACACGAUGGAAUCUCAGUUCAGCUCUGUAGAAACCCAGACGUGUGCAGAACUGCACCCGGUCUCCAACUUCUAAGGGUGGAGUCGGCAUGGGGACUGGCAUUUGCACCUCCCCUCUGGCUUUAGGGAGGGAGAAGGGAGACAGCAGUAUUAACUCUACUGAAUGUAGUUGAUGAUCCAGUUACUUCGAUUCUUUGAGGUUCUUUGCCUUUUGUACUUGUAAACAUGAAUUUGUGUAAAAACCUGUGAGUAUUAUAAAGUGUAAGAUGUUGAUCUCAAAAUGAUUGUUUUUGUGUCGCCUACAUUUGCCCUUUCAGUGUAGUCUUCCCUUCUUUUAAAAAAAAUGUAUUUCAUACCUUUAAAACCCAUCUAGCUAUUUAGCUGAAGCCAAGCUCACCAGGACUAGGGUACAAACUUUUCAAAUCUUCAAAACAUUGUAGUCAAAGUAUGACUUAAAUUGCACCUAAAAUAUUUUUUGCCAGUGCUUGUUAGAAAUUCCUGUUUCACGGUAAUACCUAAAGACAUCUGAUGCUGCACCAUCAGAUUUAAACACCAGCGCUUAGAUGGUUUGAGACUCGUGUCGCCUGCAGCUUUAUCUGCUGUGACAUCUUACUCUUCCCCAGUUUGAAGACAAAAGGAAAGCUCCAGUUGUCUUUGGCGCCUGCCAGUUUUCCUCUAGUCAGUGCCAUCCUUCCUCUACAUGCACCGUUACCGAUGCCGCUAUAUGUAUAUAGUACUUUCCUCACAGGAGGUGUCGCUGUAAAAUAUUUGCUUCAGGAAGUAGCGGCAAGCACUUAGUAUAAACAGCGAUCUUUCUAGUCUGAACGACAGUACGUCACUGCACUGUGGCAAGGCUGGGCCUCGGGACCAUGCCCGUUGGCUCUCACUGGAGUGUGCCCUACGAGCGCCCCUCCUCUUCCUCCCACAGUCGGCCGACCAGUGACUCCGAGUGUGGUCACUCUAAAUGUUAGAGGGAAAAACGUCUGGAGAAAAGGACAUUCCCCACUAAAUUUCAGUACUUGGCGUGAACCUGACAGGGCAGGAGUGCAGUCGACAGUUGUGUCCAAGUGCAUCUUGUCAUCCACCUCUCACUUUUUCCUUGAGUGAGGAAACACACUGGUCUUGCAAGGACAGUAUUUGUGCCUUGAGGAUAGCAGUUAGAGUCUAGAGCCGUCUAAGCUAUGGCAUUUUGCGUUUUGUCGUUCCAAGGGGGGGAAUACCGUCCAAGAAAAUGAGGUGAAGACUGAUGGCUUCGGUAAUCAAGAACGUGUGUGUUUUGAGAUGGAUGUGUGAUCAGGUCUGCUUUGGGGGGUUAUUUAGGACAUCCUGAGUUCUCGAUUGUUGGCCAACUUCCAGGCAAGUAGAAAUCAGUGAAGCCUGUAAACUUUUCUAAGUUUAUCACAAAAAAAAUGCUGUGUUCCUUCUGUGGCAUGUGCUUCGCUGCUGAAGGCUAAAUCCUCAAAAGAAAUAAAACGAAGGAGGGGACUAAGAAUUCGUUAAAGUAAAUCAGUGGUGUUGCUACUAAUUCCUGUCCUCAAGAAUUGUGGGUACUGGAUAAGUGACAUCUCCUGCACAGACGAACUCAACCUGGUAGAUGAAAGCUUGCUUUGGUCACAGUUGCCUACGAAUAUGGGUUUCCAAACAAACAUAAAGCCUUAACUUAGAAUUUCAUUAUGUUUUAGAAUCAUCACUGCCUUAAUGUUCAAACAUCUAUUUAAGUUCUCCUGCUAAAGGAGAAAUGCAUGUUUGUUGAUGGCUUUUUGUAAAUAGAUACGCAGCGAUCUAUGGCUUUAAAUUUCUUGUGUGUUUCUGUGACAUUGUUUGUUAAUCCAGCCUAUUGAGUUAUUUACAGAAAAAUGGAGCAUGUAAUAUUCAUGUACAAGUAAGAACUGUCUCCCCAAACCUUAGUUACCUGAAUUGUUCUAAGAUUAUUUGUAAAAGCUGAAACUCAGUGAUUAAAAAGUGAGAAUUCUA